CGACCUGCUGCUGCCACCUCCUGGACAAAAAAGGGUAAGACAGCUGAUUUACUCCACGCCGACUUUUAGGCCUGCUGUUCAGCGCAGUGUACGGAUGGAGAAAUGACAGCAUUCCAGCCAAUGAAAACAGCGAUUGUUCUUCCGGUUGAAUCUUUUUCAACCAAUGAGAGCGGGAGACACACCCACGGUCCCGCCCCUCCACGAGCUAGCUAAAAGUCCGCAGAGAAGUGAAUCCCGUGUGAAGGUGGGUCGGGUUAGCUUUAGUUCAUCGAGCCACUCGCAACUGUCGUUUAUUAACACGAAACACGCGUUUUAAUCCGUCAUUAUCCGGGAAUAUCGAGUCCUCCGGCUCCUCGUCCCGCGAAUCAACAUGAGUGACCCUUGGCAGGAGUGUUUGGAUCUGUGUGUGGAAGUCACCAAACAGGCUGGCAAGAUGAUCCGCGAGGCGCUGCAGAAGGACAUCGCCGUCAUGCAGAAGAGCUCGCCAGUGGACCUGGUGACCGAGACGGACCAGAGAGUGGAACAGCUCAUCAUCUCCUCCAUCAAGGAGAAGUACCCCGCUCACCGCUUCAUCGGCGAGGAGUCGGUGGCGGCAGGUGCUCCCAGCGUUCUGACGGACGAUCCCACCUGGAUCAUCGACCCGAUCGAUGGCACCACCAACUUUGUUCACAGGUUCCCUUUUGUGUCCGUGUCCAUCGGCUUCACCGUGAAGAAAGAGAUCGAGUUCGGGGUCGUCUACAGCUGCAUCGAGGACAAGAUGUACACGGCGCGGAAAGGGAAGGGGGCGUUCUGCAACGGAGACCCCAUCAAGGUGUCCGGACAGGAAGAUAUCAGCCAGUCCCUGGUGCUCACGGAGAUGAACUUCAACAAGGAUCCCGAACGUUUCCAAGCGAUGUUGGCCAACGUCGAGAGCAUCCUCACCAUCCCCGUGCACGGCAUCCGCUCGCCGGGCAGCGCGGCCGUCAACAUGUGUCUGGUGGCGUGCGGGUCGGCCGACGCUUACUACCACAUGGGCAUCCACUGCUGGGACAUGGCCGGAGGGGCGGCGGUGGUUACCGAGGCCGGGGGAGUCGUCAUGGACAUUUCGGGGGGACCCUUUGAUCUGAUGUCUCGGAGGCUGAUCGUCGGCAGCAGCAGAGCCGUCGCAGAGCGCAUCGCCGAGCGGGUCACCGAGCUGCACGUCGGCAGGGACGACGCGGAGGGGUAGCGCGCUCGCUUCUGUGUUUUAGCGAGUCACGAUUAGGCCUCAAGAGGUAAAACCAUGAACUUAAAGUCCUCCGACGGGACUUGAGACUUCUCUCUGCUUUCUGUAGAAGUCCCUGUUGUGUUUCCACAUUCUGCCUCUCACACAUUUAGACUUUUUAGUCUAUUUAGUUUACAAUUGUGUUUGCUAAUACUGCCUGUGUUUUGACAUUUCCUGUCAUCUAUAUUCAUUCCUGGAACAAUUCCUCUUCACGGCGUUAUUGUAUGUAUUUUAGUGUAAAUGUCUUCAGUUGAACAGAUAUUAUUGCUUAUGCACAGCUUUGUGCUGCAUGUUUAUCCACAUUCCACGACAACACAACGUGCACACUUUAGUGCAAAAGUGCAUAAACAAAACACAUGUAUCUUUACGUAAAUCAGAAGUUGGUCCAACAACCUGUACUUUUAAUGACUUUAUUGUGUAACUUCUUCUCGGGCCGCAACACGCCGACUGGAUGGAGCGAAUAAAGAGGACUAUAAAUACCU